AUGCGGGUGGCGUGGCGCGGCAUCGAUUCCUUUCGAUCGCACGGCAAAGGGCCGCCCAUUUUGCCCACUCCGCCGCAUCGGCGCGCGCGAAACCCCUCCCGUUGCGAGCGUUUCCCCACCUCCCUCUCCCGCCGUGGCUGUGACUCGCGGCGGCGGGGAGGCGCGUCGAGCUGGGAGGCGGAGCACUGGGCUGGCCCGUUCGCCACAGCGAGGCAGCUGGUGCGGGGAAGGCGCAGAGGGACGUGGGGCGCGCACAGGGGGAAACGCGGGGGAAAGGGAGGACCGUCUCAAACCGUCCUUACGCGGCCUCAAACCGCUCCCCCGUGGCAGCAACCCUCCCCCCCGUCGCCACGCCUCAACCUGCCCGCCGACGCGACCGACCUGCGCGCCGGCGCGGACGACCAGCGCGGCGACGCGGACGACCUGCGCGGCGACGCGGCCGACCAGCGCGCUGACGCGGACGACCUGCGCGCCGCCGCGGACGACCUGCGCGCAGCCGCGGACGGUCAGCGCGCUGUCGCCAGCGACCUGCACGCCGACGCGGCCGGCCAGCGAGUGACCGCCGACGACCCACGCGCUGACGCGGACGGCCAGCGCGCGACCGCCGACGAGCCGCGCGCUGACGCGGACGGCCAGCGCGCGGCCACGACGAACCGCGCGCCGACGCGGAUGGCCAGCGCGCGGCCGCCGACGACCUUGCGCCGACGCGGACGGCUGGCGCGGAGCCGCGGCUGA